AUGUGGGAGACGAUCACUGGCCAUUCAGUAAACUACAAGAGAGUUCCCCGUUCUGAGUGGCUACUACUUCUGGGCAUCGCUUCGACCAAGGACCAAGGCAUAUUGCAAGGCGAUCUGGGUCGUCUUGUCGACCAAGACAAGCGAUCUGUUCCGAAGCGUACAGACUCGUUGGUUAAAAAGGGAUAUAUCGUGAAAAGGACAACGCUUGUCAGGGGCACGAAGACCAGCAAGCUUUGGCUCAAAUCGUUUGCUCCCCCGCUUCCAAAGGAAACCGACGACCAAGCUUUCGAACGAAAGGCAGAAAUGAAUCUUUCUCGUCACACUUUGGCAGCUAAUCUUGAACAAGUCCCGUGGCACACGCGUUGGACUGGCGAAUCCAUGGAUUUCCACGCCCUGGCCACCACUAUUAUGGCCACCACAAAAGAAUGGCAGGUCAUACGCUUACAAGAUCUCAAGGCCAAGCUAGGCGUACUAGGGAUGCGAUGGCAAAUGAAAAUAGUGUCUAAGAUUUGUCGUUUUCUCAACUCUUGUGGCGCCAUUCAGUACGUCGCUGCCAGACUCGACAACAAAUUGUUCAAGGAUUGCAUCAGGUUCAACAAAGACCUUAGUGCGAAAGAUUGGACAGCUUUUCUUGCUACAGGGAAACGUGCUGCCAAGCCCAUGAAGACUGCUCUACUAGGCAUGACCGAAUGGGCAGAACGAGAUGGACAUGUUGAUGUAACACGGGUUAAUGGCUCUCGUCUGGAAAAGAUUCCUCCAUGGUCAAUCGAUAAUCCGUUACCUCAGAAAAUUGCCAAGGCAGCUAGAUCAUUUGGAGCAGUUGGCCUGACCAACCCUGAGAUCUACGCUCUUACGUUAGGUCCGACCUUCAAUCGAUAUGUAUCCAGUAUGACAACAAGCAUGGCCACUUCUACCGUCCAGCCGUUGUGCUUGCAGCAUAUGCAACUCAAGAACGAACAUAUCAGAUUAGGAAAAGUAGCAUCGUAUCGGUAUUACAUUCCUCAGCUUCCCCUGACAAGAGAGCCUGAUUCCACCAUUGAUGCGAGACGAGAUCAGUCAACAUCAUCGACAUGUAUGCACUGGUUUGAAGCCCCGUCAUCCAAGCCUAAAUUUUCUUCAAUGAAUACCACUAUAUCAAAUAUAUGCGGGCUAGUCAAGACACGAGGCUCUACUUCUGGCGAAUCAAAAAGGCGCGGGCGACCUAAAAAAGUUGAACUAGCUGAUGUCCCUGAACCUACAACAAGACUCCAUAGCCAGCCAACUGUAGAAUUCGAAGAUGGCAUAACGUGUCAGAGAACGAAUGGUUUUAUCACUCUUCGCAUUGCGAGCAAGGCGCUUCGGAGAGUGCUCGGUCAGGAGUCUAUAUGUCAAAAUGACCAGAACUCAACACCACAUACCGCCAAAAACCCAUCCUUGACCAUGGAAGCAGACAAAUCGAUGCACAAUAUACUAGAUCAACCCGUUCCGGAAACGACCCCGUCGCGUAACGGUCGAAGAGGUCGUGCAAGGGGCCGUGGCCCGGCUCGUGGAAGAGGGCGAGGCAGGCCGCCACACGCAACCUCCGCUGAAAGCCCUUCAUCACGACCUUGGGCUUGUGAAAAAUGUGGAGGGAGUUGGAAGAAUGAUAUUGGACUUAAAUAUCAUCUCGAAAAGUCUCAGACACCGUGCAAUCCUCAGUAUACCCCUGGGGAACAAGGUUCGAGUCGUCGUGGCAGAAAAUCCGCUUUUUUUGCUUCAAAAGCCCGCGAGUCAAGUAACGAAACCUGUAUCGAUGCAUCUCCAGAGCCUUCACCUUCAAUCCGAGGUUUGGCGGAAGUUGCAGAGAACAGCGGUGGUUUAGAUUCAGUGACCGAUCAGACGACAACCGUUGAAACCCAUUCAACAAAUCAAUCCCUGUCGACAGCCACUCCUAGUCAAAUGGGCCCUUCUUCUCAUGUGGCGACAGUGAAGUCGUGGAAAAGGUCUUCCGCAGCUUUGGAUCAGACUAUUAAGUUCACGGCACCAAAGGCUGAUCAGGGGCUACUCUUCCAGCCCUCAACAAGCCAUCCGCGGCAGGUUCCCGUCUUACAGAAUCCAAGCCGUCGCCCGAAGAUUUCAGCAGAGAUGAUUGUACCGGCAGGACCAAAGGAGUUGUUCAAUGUUACCAGGCCUUCCCCAUCGGCCUCUACGGGCGCUGUGCCUCAGGCAAACCAGCCGCUCCUAGUUGGCAUACCGGAUACCGGCGAUACAGCUGUUUCGUCAGGGGCACCAAGUGCAAACCAUAGCUCUGGCUCCCCUCUUGCGAAUAAUGAAUCCACGUCUGGUACAAAAUCCAAGGCAAGAGGGACAAAGGCCGAGGACGACCAAGCUAACAUACGCCACUACAUUGAAAGAUUGCUCCGUGAUCAGAAUGGGGUUCUUCUUGGCGGCAAGUUGCUUUGGGACCAUAUAUUAGCAACAUGGAAUUCGGAGUAUCCAGAGGAACCCGUGCCCAAAAGACAUGAAUGCCAGUCCGCUCUGAAAAAUCUAUUGAAAGAAGGCCUUGUUGUGGAGCACUGGCACAUGUUCCGUGAUUCUACCAGAUCAUUUUCUAAAUGUCAACUCUUAACCUUACCUGGCAUUGACGCCUUUUCUCCAGAGUCUCUUCAACUGCUUGAUAAAGUCAAGAAUGCACAGGCAGUCCAAGAAUCCGGUGGGCAUCAUAAAGUAGCGGAGGACACAGAGCUUUCUGACAGCAAAGCGGGAGGGCGUAGCCGUAGGCUGCUGGCCAGAGAGGUAGCCGUAUUGCACGCUCCAGUAUACGCUGCCCAAAUUGCUGCCAAAAAGGAGCAAGGACCGGAGACUCGAGAAAGAAAAAAACGGAGAUUACCUGAACCGAGAGGACCGAGUGGUGACAUAGAAACUCCUGGCUUCUACAUCUCAAAAAAGCGCAAAAACAUCAAAUGGGCGCCCGCGAAUUUGGAAUCCGGCUCACCCUCAGAAUUACCUGACUCCUCUCUUCUCCAGCCGAAUACGUCAGCAAUAACAGUACAAUUCCUCCAGCCAAACAGGUUCCUAGAGCAAGAUGCUCCAAAUGACUGGUCUUCAGUGUCUGUUCGCUCAGAGAAACGUCAAACAAGCUCGGGAGAGAACGUCACAGAGCAGAAGGUACCAAUUGUCAACUUUCAAACCAGAGAGCUGUUUAGCCCUUGCACAACUCUGGCAGGUCAGAAUGGGGUUUGGGCAGCCCUAGAUGCCCAAUACUUUGAAACAAUUGGCGGUAGCUUCUCCGUCCAAGGCUGGAUGCCAAAUACCAAAUGGUUUGAGUGGGCAUCUUUCAAUAGGUUUAUCGAGAAACGAUAUGCAUUCUCAAACAGCACACAAGGCUUCACCGAUGAGAAUGAUAGCAGCCAUUACCAAAAUUUCUUGAGGAGGAUUCGAGCCUGCUCCGAGGUAGAAAUGUCUUGGAGGAUGCUUUUCGAAAAAUCUGGCCCUGGGUCUGCUGGUCCUCACAACAUAUGGAUUGACUUUCAAGGGGCGCCAUCCAGUCUAAACUCACUAUCAUCCCAUUACGAACUUACUUGGCCGGAAGACGAACUGUCAACCCAAUACGGUGUCUCUUUUGAGACCGGUUAUGCCUUAUCAUCUUCCAGCGAUGAUGAAUUUGAAACUCCCGAAGAUUCAGCUGUCGGAAACGCACGCGUUCAUUCUGUAGCCGUUCGACCGUCAGAAAAUAUAACCUUCAAGGCGAAACGCGUGGCUCUUGCCACCCGCGCUUUGACGCCACUCUCCGUGUCGCAACAUGGCACUGUUAGUAAAGAUGAGGGUGGAUCAGAGGAUUACCCAUUUGACGGAACGGACGACCUGAUGGCUGCUUUCAUCGCGGUGCGUACAUUGAUGGGUGGCGCAGAUAAAGCCAUUGACUGGGGCUUGCUCAUGGUUAUCUUCCCAAACGCCAAGCUAAUGCACCUACGGAGAUUUUGGGUUGAGGCGAGAAAAGAACAGGGCCCAUUCAUCGCCAAUUUCACACGCGCGUUCCAAGAGAGGUUUAUUACUGCACUUGAGCGGAAUGAAAUACCAAUGAUUGACUUCGAUAAGCCUCAAGAUUACGACUGGGCAAAACUGAUUCAGUGGACUCUGCAAAUACCUCGUGAAGAAGGGUUGGAAAUUCCAUCUUCCAGGAAAUUAUUCAACAGCCGUUUCAGCCUAGAGAGCAUCAAACCCUCCGGAGAGGACUGGCGCGAGCGUUUCUUCCAUACUCAAACCUCUAUUUUUUCUCGUUUCGAAGCAGUCACCGCAGUUCCUGGCGUCUUCGCCAUUGACAGAAACACGAACGCCUCAAUAGACCUCGCACGAUUCAAGGAAAUGGAAAUUGCAAGAUCCUGGAUCAAGUCGCUGUGCAGCAUGGGAGACGGAAAAUACACCGUGGAAGAAAUCAGGGACAAAUUCUUCACGUUGUCCCCUGGCAACAAAGAAAAGACCUCAGCACUUUUCAAGGAAGUCACUGAACUUUUAACAAGACAGAGGAUUAUAUGUAAAAGUAGAAAACCACUUCUAGGCGGCCGGCCUUACAGACUCAACGAAGGAUACGUGGCCGCACUGAACAAAAUGGCCCAAAAGUCAAAGUAUGACGAGGCUGCUGCUUUCAAGACAAAAAUGGACAAUAUUUUCCGAAAGCAGGGAAAGAUGCGAAUACCAUACACAUUGAGUGACGGGGCCAUGAUGGCUCUCACAAAUCUUAAUGCAUCUGGGAGAAUAAAAUUGGUCUCGACAAAUCUACCUUACAUUCCGUUCGGUUUCGAGCCUGGAAAUUAUGAAAGUCGAAAAUACCCGAAGUCAUAUUAUCACUUUGGACUGGAGGCCGUACCAGCAGAGAUUUACCUAUACAACGAACAGAUUGACGUGCUGCGCGUGGCCUCCGAAAAGGGGCCACCAGCAGGAGAUCCGAGCAAGGAAUUACCCCAGUGGGUUGAUUUCUUCGGCGAACCGAACAACCAACGUUGGUCAGAGAUACUGGGCGCGUUUUGUUUCAGUCUGGCGACCCGAGGAUCCAUGGAUACUGAUGGCAUCCGUAGUACCCUGAAUCCGAUUUUAGACGAGUUCGAAGUACAGCUCAUAAUUCGUUGGGGCAAGGAAACCGGAGUGCUGACUGACUUCUCAGACGGUGUAGGGUUGGUAGUGGGGGAAUGGUGGUGGUUGACUGUACCAUGGCUUCGUCGAUGA